ACAACCGCGGCUGCUGUACUGAGUGCUUUACACAGUAUGGCCGGCGAUAUUAGCUAGCAUUCACUUACGGUAUUCUCUGUAAAAGGGAAGACGGUAACUAUAAAAAAAAAACACCAACACCUGGAUUUGCUUAAAGGACUGUACCUCAAGAUAUUAUAAGGUUAAGAGGAAAGAUUCGUUAAGCUGUAAACGUUAUUACCGACGUUUAUUUUUUUUUUGCUGAGUGUCUGUUGCCUCACGAUGGACGAAAACAGUGCACAUUUCUUCGAAGGGACCGAGAAGCUUCUGGAGGUGUGGUUCUCCCGGGAGGAUGAAACUAAAGGAGCAGGGGACCUUCGCACCAUCCCGAGGUUUGAAUGGGACAAACUUUUGGAGAAUGUGCAUUGUUUAAUCAUCAGUGUGACAAAGACUGAUAAGCAGGAAGCUUAUAUACUCAGUGAGAGUAGCAUGUUUGUCUCCAAGAGACGUUUCAUUUUGAAGACAUGCGGAACCACCCUCUUGUUGCAAGCACUGGUCCCAUUGCUGGAAUUGGCCAGAGAGUACUGUGGGUUUGAUGCCAUUGAGAAUUUCUUCUACUCUCGCAAAAACUUCAUGAAGCCAACUCAUCAAGAAUUUCCUCAUCGGAACUUUCAAGAGGAAGUUGACUUCCUCGGGCAGAUUUUUCCAAAUGGGGCAGCCUACUGUAUGGGACGCCUAAACUCUGACUGCUGGUACCUGUUUACCCUGGACCUACCCGAGUUCUGGGAAAACAAGCAUGCAGAUCAGACACUGGAAGUUCUGAUGAGUGACCUUGAUCCAGUAAUUAUGGACCAGUUCUAUAUGAAAGAUGGUGUUUCUGCAAGUGAAGUCACUCGUAUGAGUGGAAUUAGUGACCUGAUACCAGGUUCAGUGAUCGACGCAACAAUGUUCAACCCUUGUGGAUACUCAAUGAACGGAAUGAAAACUGACGGAACCUACUGGACCAUCCAUAUAACCCCCGAGCCAGAUUUUUCUUAUGUGAGCUUUGAAACCAACCUCUCUGCAACAUCAUACGAUGAUCUGGUAAGGAAGGUGGUGGAUGUGUUCAAGCCCGGAAAGUUUGUGACCACCCUAUUUGUCAAUCAGAGCUCUAAAUGCCGCUCGGUUUUCGCUUCGGCCCAGAAAGUUGAAGGCUACAAGCGCCUUGACCGCCAGUUGGCUCAGUUCAACGAUUACAAUUUUGUCUUUACAAGUUAUGCCAAGAAGUGGCAGCAGAACCAGCAUAAGUGAGGGUCGAGGCUAGAGACGGAGGAACGAAAGAGAAGUUUCAUUCAACUCUAGAGCACUUACUGUCCACGGUGCUCCUCGGCUUCCCCUCCCCUCACUCGUCUGCUACCGUCUUUGUUCAGAACCACCCAAUGGUAAUGCCGUUGCUGACCGUAGGUGGCGUUGUUUGCAUCGUAGCAUUCGUUUCCUAGACUCCUUGCAUGAAAGUUCUUUCCUGUUUUUGAAGUCUAACGCACUCUUUUUUCGAUCUGUGAAGCACAUAUAGAGGAAUUAAACACGCACUGUAUAAGGUUGUUCACCUAUGCCCAGUUCUGCAGACCCUUCCUGCAAGUCCCCCCCUCCCGUCCCCGUCAGCAUUGUCCCCCUCCUUUAACAUGCUCCCGAAAAGUUCUUUUUUAUAUGUAAGGUUACCUUGCACUUUUUUUUUCAAGUUUUUGUUGAAAUAUACAAAAGUGAAUGCCAAGAAAUUGAAGUACCUACAUAGAAAUAGAUAUUUCAGAAUAUUUUAUUGGCAUUUGACAAGUACAAAUUUAUUGUUUCACAGUGCUUUACAAUGACUCCAACUUCACAAGGUUUUUGGUUUUUUUUCAAAUUGAAUGUAACGUUAACGUUUCUCGACCCCUUGAGAAGCUGUUGGAGCUAAAUGGUUUUCAGUUUCUGCAGUACUGCAUAAAUGCUAACAUUUAUCCUAACAAUAAUGCACUACAAUUAUUUUUUUUUUUUAACUGAUGCUGCAGUAAGACUUAAUAUAGGGACAAGUACUGUUUUCUUUGGGGGUUUUUUUGUCCAGGAUUUAAGUUGUUAAAUCCCUUUUCCCAGGGACCAAUCUCUGUUCUCUCAAGAAUGUCUCCUUGCUUCUUUUUUUUUUUUUCACUAAAUUACACUAACACCUUAAACGGUAAAGACCAUUAUACCAGAUCUGGACUCUUUUUUUUUUUUGGAUUGGUGGGGCUUGCAGGUUGUAGGAAAAUGUUGCCGUUCUAAUUCCAUAGUGUUUUUAUGGAUGAUCCAAGAAGUGUUUAAUAUACCGUUGCUAUGAGACUUGAUGCUUAAAUAAAAACUCUUGGGUGCAA